GGCCGGGAUCAGCUUUUAAGAUGGCGUCUCCUCAGGGGGGCCAGAUUGCGAUCGCGAUGAGGCUUCGGAACCAGCUCCAGUCAGUGUACAAGAUGGACCCGCUACGGAACGAGGAGGAGGUCCGAGUGAAAAUCAAAGACCUCAAUGAGCACAUCGUCUGCUGCCUGUGUGCCGGCUACUUCGUAGAUGCCACCACCAUCACAGAGUGUCUUCAUACUUUUUGCAAGAGUUGUAUUGUGAAGUACCUCCAAACCAGCAAGUACUGCCCCAUGUGCAACAUCAAGAUCCACGAGACACAGCCACUGCUUAACCUCAAACUGGACCGGGUCAUGCAGGACAUCGUGUACAAGCUAGUGCCUGGCUUGCAGGAUAGCGAAGAGAAACGCAUUCGAGAAUUCUACCAGUCCCGAGGCUUGGACCGGGUCACACAGCCCAGCGGAGAAGAGCCAGCCCUAAGCAACCUUGGCCUCCCCUUCAGCAGUUUUGACCACUCUAAGGCCCACUACUAUCGCUAUGAUGAACAGCUGAGCCUAUGCCUGGAGCGGCUGAGUUCUGGCAAAGACAAGAAUAAAAGUGUCCUGCAGAACAAAUACGUCAGAUGUUCUGUUAGAGCUGAGGUUCGCCAUCUCCGGAGGGUCCUGUGUCACCGCUUGAUGCUAAAUCCCCAGCAUGUGCAGCUUCUUUUUGACAAUGAAGUUCUCCCUGACCACAUGACCAUGAAGCAGAUAUGGCUCUCCCGCUGGUUUGGCAAGCCAUCCCCUUUGCUCUUACAAUACAGUGUGAAAGAGAAGAGGAGGUAGGGGCCAAGCCCCUGCCCUGUCCCCUCCCCUCCCCAGAUAUUUAUGUAAAAUUAACUGUGGCUUUAUUUUUUGCAAUAAAAACUU